AAAGAACGACAGGUGUGCUCAGGGCCUAAUGAACUUGGCUGACCUGGGAGAACAAGUCUUAGAACCCGGCAUCUGUGGGUGGGGAUGGGCCCAGGUGCCAGGAAUCGAAGGUUGAGAACCCAGGCUGGGCUCAGUACCCACCACUGUCACCAGCUGGAAGGGGCCGGACCUGGGGUCGGGGGAGGGAGGCUCUGACCCUAGGCUGGGUCCUGGCCCACUGACCACCCCAGGGAGAGCUGUGUUCAAACCCUGGACCCUGCAGUUACUAGCUGUGGGCCCUGGGCAAGUCACUUCCCUUGCCUCAGUUUCUCUACCUGUAAAAUGGAGAGAGUAAUAGUUCCCACCCCUCACGGGUGCCACGAGGAAGGACUUAAGAACAAUGCCUGGCAUGGAAUACGUGGAAUAAACACUCUCCUGGCCCCCCUGCAGAGGGUGUGAGAUUCUGCUGGAAUCCUCGUCAUAGAGGGCUGGCCGAGAAGCCCAUGAGAGUCUAGAGGCCCUGUGUAAACAGCUAGGGGUGCGGGCUGGCACCCCAGCAUUGCCCACAGCUCCGACCUGCGUGGAUGCGUGGAUGGGUGGGUGGCAACAGCUAACAGCCCUGGCUUUCUCCCAAAUCAGAGUGCCUCGCCUGUCACCACGGGGAGCGAUGGCUUUUCCAUGAGCUCCAGGCCAGAGCGGGCCAGCUCCGGCAGCCUCUUCCCCAGCCUUUCGGCAGCAGCCCACUCCUGGUUACUGAUCUACCUGCUGCCCCCGCCCCCCGGCUUGUCCUGCAGCCUCGUGGGUCAUUUGCUAUUGUUGUUAUUACUAGGUCCUGCCCCUACACUGUUCGCAAGUUCUCAGCCAGUCAGAGCCAGACUGCCAUCUUCCAGAAGAGGAACCCGAGGUCCAGAGAAGGCCGGAGACUGCUGUGAUGCCCACACAGCAUUCAGGCUCACUCUGGCUUCGAGACCAGCUCCCCCAACUAUAAAAAUGGGAAUGUUGGCCCACGGGACUCCAGAGGCACAAAAUGCUAUGGGGAGGGGAGGGGACAUUGGCCUCAGACUGACUAAGGGCAAACCUCUGGUCCUUCCAGUCUCCGACAGGAAGAUGACGGGACAGCCUCUGGCUGAAAACCCCUGCCAGGAUCCAGCGGAUCUUUGGUUGGGAGAAAGGAGCUCAGCCUGCAGUAGAACGCGGGGUCGGGACGCUCUGGCUGCGCUGACUCCAGCCCUGAGCGUGGCACUCACGGCUCCCCGUUCCGGCGGCGGGGCCUCUGCUGCACUCUGGCGGCCGGAGCGCGAGGCGCCCACCUCGCGCUGGCACGCCCGCCCGGGAGCAAAACCCGCCUGGGACGCGAAGGGGCCUACGCUGGGCCAGUUCGCAGAGCUGGCGAGAAGAUGGGCGGAGCCCGGACGCGGUGCCUAGCACCAGGCAAGCACAUGCCAUCACGCUGCCCAGUGUCGUUAUUCUCUGGCGAAGCUGCGUCCCAAAGAAACCACAGUCGACUCGUCUCGCGGCCCCGCGCCCGCCCCCGCGGUCCCUCUGCUCAAUGAAAUUGGCCGCGAUGAUCAAGAAGAUGUGCCAGAGCGACUCGGAACUGAGUAUCCCGGCCAAGAACUGCUACCGCAUGGUGGUCCUUGGCUCGUCCAAGGUGGGCAAGACGGCCAUCGUGUCGCGCUUCCUCACUGGCCGCUUCGAGGACGCCUACACGCCCACCAUCGAGGACUUCCACCGCAAGUUUUACUGCAUCCGCGGCGAGAUCUACCAGCUCGACAUCCUCGACACGUCCGGCAACCACCCCUUCCCCGCCAUGCGGCGCCUCUCCAUCCUCACUGGAGACGUGUUCAUCCUGGUGUUCAGCCUGGACAACCGCGACUCCUUCGAGGAGGUGCAGAGGCUCAAGCGGCAGAUCCUCGACACCAAAUCUUGCCUCAAGAACAAAACCAAGGAGAACGUGGACGUGCCCCUGGUCAUCUGUGGCAACAAAGGGGACCGGGACUUCUACCGCGAGGUGGAGCAGCGCGAGAUCGAGCAGCUGGUGGGCGCCGACCCCCAGCGCUGCGCCUACUUCGAGAUCUCGGCCAAGAGGAACAGCCGCCUGGACCAGAUGUUCCACGCGCUCUUCGCCAUGGCCAACCUGCCGCGCGAGAUGAGCCCGGACCUGCACCGCCGGGUAUCGGCGCAGCACUGCGAGGCGCUGCACAAGAAGGCGCUGCGGGGCAAGAGGCUGCGGCGAGCGGGCGGCGACCAGGACGACGCCUUCGGCAUCUUGGCGCCCUGGGCGCGCAGGCCAAGCGUGCACAGCGAUCUCAUGUACAUCCGCGAGAAGGCCAGCGGCGGCGGCCAGACCAAGGACAAGGAACGCUGCGUUAUCAGCUAGGAACUCCCGCCCCGCGCGGACGCAGAGCCUCAGAAGACCCUCUUGUCCAAGAGUCAAGUGUCCGGGCCGUGCGUCCCGAGCCGCGUGCGCGCGAGCGCGGACGGGCGUCUUCCUUCCCAGCACUCCAGCCUGUUCACUGGGGAGACUCAAAGAAACCGAGAAGGGACCAUUAUCUGCUCCGGAAGGAAAGAGAGCUAGCUGAGCCCGGGCUUCCCCCACGUCCGAUCCCCCGUAGGCGCCCGCUAGCCCCACCCGCCCAGCAGAGGUUGAAUUUGCCUUGUUUCUCACAAAGACCUAAGAAUGGGGGUGGGAAUGGGAGUUAAUCAGCCACCACUGCGCUUUCAGAAAUGGGUCCUGCCAGCUGGAGGGCCAGGACAAAACGGGGCAUUAUCUGUGAUUGGGGGUUGCCAUGACAGCUGGCCUGAAACUGAGGGCGGGGUCCGGUCUAGGGAGUGCCUUGUUUACAUGUGUGUGCAACUGCACAAAGCAAAACAGAGAACUUGCACUGUAUGGUAGUUCUGGUGUCACCACCUGACGUGAACAAAACCUUACCUUUGAAGUUAGUCUUGUUACUGGUUUUUUAAUGUAAAAUAAAAUAACUUAAA